CUCAUUUGCGGAUGAGAAGGCGGAAGCAGAAAACCAGCAACAGAUUGUCAGUGCUAGUAGUUCUACUUUUCUCCACGCAGGGGCGAUCGAGUUCAAUUCAGAGCAUCACAGAAAUGCAAUGGCGAUUGUCGCCCCGUUGUGGAUAAAAGUGGAGUGUUCCGAUUUUCAAGCAUUCUAUUUUCAAUAAUAUGUUACCAAUAUGGCACACAAUCAGUUUUAGCCCCUAUAUUAUACUAUUGAUAAACACUAUUGGUCGUUGUGGUGUACUUUUCCCCUCUCUCUCUGGAACGCAGGUAUUAACGAGAAAAUACAUGGUAAAUCCAGGUGGUGUUUCGUUCCUAUGGCAUAGGGAUGACAUGACACUCCCUACAACUUGUGUGUUUCUGUAUCUACUUGUAGAUUUGAACCACUCCAAGCCAGAAGAGGGCGCUACAGGUUCAGAUUGCAACUCUUCCCACGGUCCCGCCAGUCACUUCUGAUUUGCUGUAGUAUUGUGAUGUGAAACCAAGAUGGCGUCUACGGAAAGCUAGUUACAUUUGUAGACAAAUGUAUAUUUAACGCAUAAUGUAUUUCAUUUUAGUUUGUUCUAUGCCAGUACUAAAUGAACAAUACAUUCUGACAGAUUGGGCCGAGAGUGGUGUUGCUAAAAAAAUGGAUGGCUAGCUAGCAUGAUAGCAGUAGCAUCUAGCUAGUACGCGACCAGUUUAGUACGGCAAUAACUUGUGUAUCGAAUAGUAUUAGCUCUCCUAAAAGCAUGACCGAGGCUCCACGUGAGAACGAACUGCGGCCUGUGCCACGUGAGCGGGCGAUUCUGGAGAGUUUCUUCACGCAGCUCGGAAUGUUCUCGUUCGACCGGGCUAAGGACUAUGUGGAGAAAGAGAAGGACAGUAGCAAGAGCGCAGGGGCCAUCUGGGCCGCUCUCCUCGCCGCCUUCGCACACCUUUCCGCAGCGGAGAAGGCCUAUCACAACAUGACGUUCCUGGGACAAAAGCUGGGCGGCCAGUCGUUCUUCAGCCGCAAGGACUCCAUCCGCACCAUCUACACCUCCCUGUUCAACGCGCUGAGGAAUGUGGUGACCAUGGGGCGCCACGCCCAGCCGGGCUCCCCUCCCUACCUGGAGGAGCUGCUGUCUCACCUGUCGGAGCAGCUGUGCCACUUCACCCAGGCCCGCAUGGAGAUGGCUGACCUGUACGAGAAGAUGCAUGCGCUGGGCAGCCAGAAGAACAUCAACUCUGAGGAGCUGGUCGCCACCCUCGAGGCGGUGGUGCAGAAAUACAGCUCCAGAUUCCACCACCCCAUCCUGGGCCGCUUGGAGGGGGGCUUCCAGACAGAGGUGGAUGUGGUGACACAGCUCCUGCGCUGCCAGGCCCAGGUGUCAGAGUGGCACUUCCUGCCCGCCCUGCUCAGCCUGCAUGGGGCUAGCUCUAAGCUGACCGCCUGGGGACAGCUCUUCCAGCGCCAGAGGGAGACCCGCAAGCACCUGUUCGGAGGCCAGUCCCAAAAAGCUGUGCAGCCACCCCACCUGUACGUGUGGCUGCAGGGCUUCCAGGGGGCGCUCCUUGCUAAAUUCAGCUUCUACUUCCAUGAGGCGCUGAGCCGCCAGACGGUGUCCUCAGACAUGAAGGCCCUGACGGCACGCACGGCGCCCGAUUACCACGGCAAGAUCUGUUUGUUUAUCCGCAAACACGAUGCCAACAACGUGUCGCUGGUGUUCGACAACCGCGGCCUGGACAGCUUCCAGGGCCACGGUUACCACCACCCGCACUCGUACCGCGAGGCGCCCAAGGGGGUGGAGCAGUUCCCCGCCGUGGUGUCCCUUCCCGGGGGUGAGCGGCCGCUCACGCACUGGCCCAACGUCAUCAUGAUGAUGGGGGACUUCGAGGCGGAGCUCAACACGCCGGACAAGGUGGUACACUUCUAUGACGACAAAGUCCAGAGCACUUACUACCUGACCCGACCGGAAUCACACUUCACCCUGGUGGUCAUCUUCGACGGUAGGAAGUCAGAGAAGGACUCGCACAUCACCGCCUUCCUGCAGGAGAUCUCUGGCUCACUGAGGAACUCCAAACCAUUCAGCACCCUCAAACCUGGCUCCAAGGGCUGAGCGAGAGAUGUCCUACUUCAAAUACAUCAUAAACUGACUGUGUCCCCAUAAGGGGUGGGUGCGUGUAACUUUAUAACAGAGAGACCAGGCAUUGUUCCAUAGACAGGAUGAACAAGUUGUCUAAUCAUUAGGAAAGCUUCCAGUGACAUUGUUGCAACAUUCUGAUUGGUUUUAGCUUCUUAAUAUGGGCGGCCAGGACCUUUUGCUUUACUACUUGAAAUAUAAUUAGAACCUCAACAUGAGCUUGUUUUAAUUCAGAGAAUGGCUUCAACCCGUGGUCCAACUGCUUGUUCUGUUGAGCAUCAUGAUUGGAAUCUUUUAGUUUGUUUUGUCAAAUCAGUUCUAGACCAAAAGAGAUGCGUCACUGACGCAGUGUGGCCUUCUCACAGUGAACUGACUGAGACAUUUAACCUGACUCUAUUCCAAUCACAGGCCAGACAACUUCCUACCCGUCAGGGAUAUAAUGGUGCAAUGUACUGAAAAAGCCUUUGCUUAAUUUGUAUACGUUUGUUUACCGUCAACAGAAGUGCUUAAUUUUAGUUUUUUCCUGGUAUGUCAUCCUCUAUUUAGUUGUACUUGUUUAUCUGUUUAAUUCCCAAAUGACUGUAGAAGAAAAUGUGUGUGUAAGAGGUGAUUUCACACUUUUCGGGAAGCUUCUUAAGACUUGAGGGUUCAGACGGCCAACUGUAGCACAUCUCCAUCCCGGCCCCACACCCAGCAGGUGAUAAACAAGACAAUAAUGAAGGAUCGACUAUGCAAAACGCACUUGUUAAUUUCUUCCCUUUUUUUUAUUUAUAAUAUAAAUACAACAUCGAUACUAUGCAUUUGGCUAUAAGAGCUCGUCUUUAGGAAGCUCAGGAGUUUCAGAUACAGCAACACUAACAGACAAAACCAUUUCCUUUAAUUAUCAGACACAUUCAGAGACAAGCCAACAUCCCUUAAAAUGCACCUGUUCACAUGUUAUAAUGCUACAUGCCAAGUACACAAUUUUUCCUAUACAUCAAAGUGCAAUGUCACAAUAGAUUAACUCUAGGAUUCAUAAUUCAGUCUUCUACUAAAACAUUUUGACUAUUUCAUUCUAAGUGCUGCUGCUCUUCGUUCAGGACAUGCGUGAGUGGAUUACAACUCCCCACAAAGACAAGGGUAAAAAAAAGGCACUUUCACAUUGACACACACAUCCCCAGGACUCCUCAAACAUGCACACACACCAGUUCCCAACCCAGUAAAGAGGACACAUUCAGUGUGCUGUUGUUCAAGUGUAUUUUGGGCAUUUACACCCCCAAGAGCCCCACCCGGUUUGCUUACUGUGAACUUAAGGUUAUUUAGUGACUUCAGUGUAACACAAACAGACACACUAUAUUCCCACACACAAACUUAAGUGCCAGCACACACGCACCCCUGUCCUGCACAUGUUCUGGUACUAAAGGCAGACAUGAAUAAUCCAUUUUAUCCACCAUCGCACUUACAAAGGAACAGAACGAGGGCAGGCAGAGGAAACACACACACAGACAAACAGGGAAAUGGGGAAAGAAAUCACACAUACCCAGGCUGAGGGAAACGUACUCUACAAACUCCUAUCUCACUGUACCUCCAAACCAUUUCCCCUGGCCUGAGUGUGUGUGUCGGUUGAACACGAGAAGGCUGUUUUCUAGUAGUGAGGGUUAACGCCACCGCCGGCCCUGUGACAUUAGUGCCCACUGAACAUUCAAUAGAGAGCUGAACGUAAUUAAAUACGGGAACAUUCAUUAAAAUAGCUGAACAUUGGUUAAAUAGAAUGUGAGUUUUGUCACCAAUGCCUCGAGAGGCUUCAGUUGAGGCAUUAGUGAGCUUAGCAGCGGAACCAAGUGAAAUAGAAAAUAAAAAAGAUCAGACAUCCGCCCUUGUUUCCACACUGUGAGCCUCCCUUUACCCAUCAGGCACCUCAUCACUCCGCAUCGUCCCUUUCUUUUGCUUCGCCAAUGAAAAUCGCUUGUAGAUACAGCAGCCAAUUGAACUACACUAAGAAUACAGCAGCCUUUUGGUGAUAGACCUUCAUUAGAUGAAGAGCCUAUUGUCAUUACAUAAUCAACGUUCACAUCACUGAAACUACAUUUCACUGGAGAACUACACUUCCCACACAUCUGUGACUACAUCUCUUUUACAGGAUAGGGUUCUGCUUUCUUUAGCUUAUACUUUUUUCUUGUACGUCUCCCAUUCAGCAGUCCCAUUUUACAUAGCUACCCUUUGAUAAAUGCUUCGAUACAUGGAGAAAGUUAACUCCUAUACACCAACAAGAGUACACACCAACCUGACAACACACAUAAAUAUCAUGGUAUAUCAUGUAUUAUUUUGUAUUACUACAUAAAACCCUUUUCGUUUCAGAUCUGUCCUACCGCUUUCUACCCUUGUUCAGGUUUCGAAACAGUAAGCAGGUACCCUGUUCUCCUAUUCUUUAUUUUGGCCCGGGUUGGCCUGGUUUGGCUCAUCACAUGGUGCAGGACUUGUCCAGCAGAGGGGGGGUGUUACUCUUGGGGGGCACCAGGGGUUUGGGCCUCAGGGCUGGGGGCGAAGUGGAGCCCCCAUACGGAGUGGAGUCCCCACUACAGGCUUGAAGGAGCCCAGGG